UUUGUUGAGGUUUCGAAGCACGUCAUUGAAAGCUCCCUCCUUUUUUUAAAGGCGGUGCCGGUUCAUCUCCACUCAACCACCCCUACUUUGUAAGUUUUGUAUUAUAUCGUUUUCAUUAUUUUCUUUGUUUUUAAUUUCCAAUACGACAGAGUAGAGAAAGAAGAUUGAAGAGUGAAAGAGGGAAGUAUUCGAUCGUAGUUUGACGCCGGUGGUUAGCUUCGAAUGAACCAGCUGAAUCCUAGGCCCUCUUCCUCUGCUACUCUCAAUCCACAAACUCAGAAAAAACCAAUGUCACACGUCCACCGAUCAUCGUCGGAAAACCCAAGAUCCAAAACCGGAGACACCAAGACUCCUGCUUCCGACUCAUCAUCGGAGAAACACAACAAGAAGAAGGACAAAAUGGGCGACGGGAGUGCCUCCACCAACAACUACAAGAUGUUCAAGUUCUUCAACCGCAAGUUCAAGAUCAGCGAGUUGAGCCCGCCUCCCGACGUCAAGGAUAUCUUCUCCAAGUUCGCCGCCGGCGCUGACGUCAUGUCCCCUGACCAGUUCUGUACGUUCUUGAUCGAACACCAGAACGAGAAGGUUUCGUUGGCCGAUGCCAAGCACAUCUUACAUGAGUUCUUGCUCCGGCGACGGCAUACUAUGAAACCCAAGAAAGACGAGAAGGACAAGAAAGACUGCAAAGACGACAAAGAGAACAAAACCGCCGGCGAACACGGUGUCACGUUGGAGGAGUUCUUCAACUUCCUAUUCGAGGACGAAUUCAACGGCCCCAUUAAACCAGAGUUUCAGGUACACCAUGACAUGACUGCUCCGUUGUCGCAUUAUUUCAUAUAUACAGGGCACAAUUCGUACCUGACUGGGAAUCAACUCAGCAGUGACUGUAGUGAUGUCCCAAUCAUCAAGGCUUUGGAGAGAGGGGUCAAAGUUAUAGAGCUUGAUCUAUGGCCAACGUCUUCCAAAGAUGAUGUUCAAGUUUAUCAUGGAAGGACCUUGACGGCUCCUGUGACACUAGUCAAAUGCUUGAAAUCCAUUAAAGAACAUGCUUUUGUUAAAUCUCCCUACCCUGUUGUUAUUACUUUUGAAGACCACCUUACGACCAAGCUUCGGGUUAAAGUUGCUGAGUUGGUUAUCCAAAUAUUUGGAGACAUACUGUAUUAUCCAAAGCCAGAAGACCCUAUGACAGAAUUUAUAUCACCUGAGGCUUUAAAAUAUCGCAUUGUUAUCUCAACCAAGCCACCAGUAGUAGGAGAGGGUAAUGACAAUGAUUCAUCUGAAGAAUCGGAAACGAGUGACAGUGAUAAAGAAACUGAGAGCAAAACUGCAGUUGACAUCAAACCUAUUCAGUCAGAAGCACCUGAGUAUGCGGAACUUAUAACAAUCCACGCCGGAAAACCGCGGGGUGGUUUGAAAGAGGCUCUAGAGGUUGGAGAAAAAGUAAGACGUCUCAGUUUGAGUGAACAAAAACUCGAAAAUGCUGCUGAAGAUCAUGGAGCUGAUAUUGUAAGGUUCACACAGAGGAACAUUUUAAGGAUCUACCCCAAAGGUACACGAGUGACCUCCUCGAAUUACAAACCACAUGUUGGAUGGAUGCAUGGAGCUCAAAUGGUUGCGUUUAAUAUGCAGGGACGUGACAAAUUACUUGAGCUGAUGCAUGGGAUGUUUAGCGCGAAUGGAGGGUGCGGUUACUUGAAAAAGCCUGGCCUUUUGAUACACAAGGGCCCAAAUAAUGAGGUUUUCGAUCCUAAAAGGACCCUGAGAGUGACAAAGACAUUGAAGGUGAAAGUAUACAUGGGAAAUGGAUGGCACUUGGAUUUUAGUCGAACACACUUCGAUACAUUCUCACCUCCAGACUUCUAUACAAAAGUCUAUAUCGUUGGAGUGCCUGCAGAUUGUGCCAAGCACAAAACAGAGAUAAUCGACGACGAAUGGAUACCGGUUUGGGAUGAAGAAUUUACAUUCGGUAUGACCGUUCCAGAGCUGGCUGUACUUCGGAUUGAAGUCCGAGAGUAUGACAGGUCUGAUAAAGAUGACUUCGGCGGCCAGACGUGUUUGCCUGUCUCGGAGCUAAAAGCUGGGAUCCGAUCAGUCCCACUUUACGAUCAUAAGGGCCAGAAAUACACAUCUGUAAGGCUCCUGAUGCGGUUUCAGUUCGAGUCGAAUCUGGCACCUGCCUAGUCCACACGACCACACCCCACAGCGGUCAUCCUUCUUCAUCAUGGCUUUGGGGGCCAAUUUGUCAUGGUUUCGAUAGCAUAUACAGGUACUCGAUGUGUAAUAAGUGAGACUGUUGAUCAUGGUCUUGGAAAAUAUUACUUUGUGUUGAAGCCAUGACAUCGUCUCAGCAAAACUACUGCCAGUGGAAAGUGGGGUUUUCCCCUUUUGCAAAUCAGUGAUGGCUUUAUCUAAUCAGGCUAAAUCAGUAGAGAACACUAUCCAGGAUCAAUUCUUUUGUAAAGUACGGCAUGCUUGGUU